CUGUUUUUGGAAACCACGUUGCCAGCUCAAACCCUCCUUCCUGUUCUCUCUCCCCAGGCAGUCAUAGAUGCAAACAUCUUCCCGGUGCUGAUAGAAAUCUUGCAGAAAGCAGAGUUCCGUACAAGGAAAGAGGCAGCGUGGGCUAUUACAAAUGCAACGUCAGGAGGAACGCCAGAGCAGAUCAGAUACCUGGUAAACUUGGGUUGUAUCAAGCCUCUUUGUGACCUGCUGACUGUUAUGGACUCAAAGAUUGUUCAGGUGGCACUGAAUGGCCUGGAGAACAUCCUGAGGCUUGGGGAGCAGGAGGCUAAUCAGAGCGGGACGGGCAUCAACCCUUACUGCAGCCUGAUCGAGGAGGCCUACGGUAGGUUGGGGCUGGUGACCUUGUGCUGUUGA